CACGGCGUGUACGCGGCGUCAAAAGCGGCGGUGGAGACGAUGGUGAAGAUCUUAGCGAAAGAGCUGAAAGGGACGGGAAUCACGGCGAACUGUGUGGCGCCGGGGCCAAUCGCGACGGACAUGUAUUUUUCUGGAAGAGAAGAGCAAGUGAAGAAGGCUAUAGAAGAAUCUCCUCUGGGUAGGCUUGGUGAGACUAAUGAUGUGGCUCCUCUUGUGGGAUUCUUGGCCUCUGAUGCUGGUGAGUGGGUCAAUGGUCAGGUUGUUCGUGUUAAUGGUGGCUAUGUUUGACAGAGAGAGGGAGAAGACAUGGCCAUUGUUAUCGCUGAACCCUGGUCAAACGUAUAGAAAAGCCCAUCAUCAAUCCCCACCCAGGACAAGUAAAAAACCAGGCUCUUAAUGAAAAGUUUUUAUAUGGAUUCAAAUACCUAGUCAUUUAUGGUUUAUUGAAUAAAAUUGCACCAGUUUUUUGUGAAAGUGAAACACAUUACAUGUCACUCGUAUUCAUAGUAGCUAACCAAUUUAAGAA